GUUGUAAGCAUACGUUCACGGUUACUAAUAGAUGUCCAAAAAUAGACCGCGGAAGUCGUUGUGAUUGUAUUCCUAACGUAGCGGUCAUGAUCAAUAACAUGGUGAGGGACAGAUUACAGCUACGAGUAAGAUAAUGGUUCGAACGUCCAACUUUACCGCAACAAGUUUGUAGAUAGCAAGUCCAACCACUCCAGACAUCUUAUUGUCGUAAUUCCAAUUGUUCAAAGAUUAAAGUUUGUGAAUUUGGACGUCAUAUAAAGUUGUCUGGUUAGGUGCUAUGACUCCAUUUAGGCUGGUUCUCUCGGUGAGCAGUUGCGAUUUCUUUCGGCUCUUUUGCUAAAAUGACUACAUGUGUUUGACAUACAACCGAGUUGAGGCUGAACUUCAAUAACUACGUGGCACAAGACUGACUGACCGACAGACCGAGCGACUCGUGAAAGGCGUGCUGGACCGCGCCACUUGCUCUCUGUGCAGGUUCAUACAACUUCAUGUUAAUACAGUACAAUGAAGAUGAGGAAUAUUAUCCUGCUUUCCCCGCUGCUGCUCGUGAUCAUGCAACACACGGCAUCUGCAUCCAAAGGUGUCAUUGCAAGUCUUAAAGCCAAAUGGCACGCCACUCCUUUCCUUUUGGAGACAAGUGAAUUUAUUGCAGAGGAUGGAAAUGAGAAAUUCUGGCAAUUUGUUGACACUGUGAAAGAGCUCACCGUCUACAAGCAAGGAGAGUCUGUCCGCUCAUACUACAGCCUUAUCAUUAAAAAAGCCAACCAGUUCCUCACGGAGCUACAAGUGAACUUGCUGAAAUUCGCUCUUGCGCUGCGCUUCUACUCGCCAGCUGUUCACGCCUUCCAGCAGAUAGCCAGCGAUGAGCCGCCGCCUGAAACUUGUCCAGCUUUUGUCUCCAUUCACGGCCAACACAGCUGCAGUACAAAGAACAUCAAGAAGCUUCUUAAAGCGGCCGCAGGCAGGCCCCAUCCGUAUUUGUACAAGAACGAUCACAUAUAUCCUGGGGCUAAUAAAACAGACGUCCCAGUCGUGAUCCUGUAUGCUGAGAUCGGAACCAAGAAGUUCACCUCCUUUCAUACCGUGCUGUCAGAGAAAGCCGAAGCGGGGGCUCUCACAUAUAUACUGCGUCAUUUUGUGGCGGCUCCAAAGCAACAGAAGAUGCUUUUAUCAGGGUACGGCGUGGAGUUAGCAAUCAAAAGCACGGAGUAUAAGGCAGUGGACGACACCCAAGUCAAUGACUCAAAGACAACUGUAAAGGCAGAGGAAGAUGAUAAUGAUGAAGUCCAAGGAUUCUAUUUUGGAACAUUAAAGAAAUCUCAUCCUGAACUCCAAGAGCAACUUGGUGAGCUUCGCAAGCAUCUACUCGACAGUACCAAUGAACUGGCCCCUCUCAAAGUUUGGGAGCUGCAAGACCUCAGCUUUCAAGCGGCUGCCAGAGUUUUGUCCGUGCCGAAGUUUGGCGCCUUGAAGCUCAUGCGAGAACUCAGUCAAAAUUUUCCAAACAAGGCAAGAUCACUGACAAGAGUGGCUGUAAAGACUGAGAUGAGAAAAGAAAUUGAAGAGAACCAAAAGCAUCUGAGUGAGACCAUUGGUGUUCACCCAGGAGACGGGGAGCUCUUCAUAAAUGGUCUUCAUAUUGAUCUGGAUGUUCACGACCCUUUCAGCCUUUUGGAGAUCCUUAGAGGCGAGGCCAAGGUCUUGGAAGGUCUUCACAACCUGGGUGUAAAAGGAGAGCAUCAGUACACGCUGCUUCGAUUGCCUGUGAACCAUGUGGCUGACAGCUAUGCCUUAGAUAUCAGACAUCCAGCUAUAAUGUGGAUGAAUGAUAUUGAGAAUGACCCAAUGUACAGCAGCUGGCCAGCAGGUGUCGAGGAGUUGCUGAGAACCACCUUCCCAGGAGUCAUCCGACAGAUCAGACGGAAUUUCUUCAACCUGGUUCUGUUCCUCGAUCCGGAAGAGGAGAAAAGUGUUGAGCUCGUAAAACUUGUCGGGCUCUUCUACAAACACAAGAUCCCCUUGAGAAUUGGAUAUGUGUUUGUUGUCAACACCGAAGAUGAGAUUGAUGGCUUCUCGAAUGCGGGGGUUGGCUUUUACCGACUCCUGAAUUACAUCGCAGACGAGUAUGAUUUAUCCCAGGCCCUGAUAUCCAUGGCCUCAUUGUACAACAGAGUCAAUGAAGGGGAAACGUUGACGGCUGACACAAUCAUUGCUUUCCUGAAAAGCAAAUUCCCGAAAGCCAACACUGAAAGGAUCCUUGGUGCCAAAUCAGAGUAUGAUGGCAGAAGAAUGGAUGGCACCUUUUUUUACAAAAAGAGUGGCCUGGGUGCCCUUCCACUGGCAUUAUUUAACGGCGUCCCCCUGAGCCCAGAUGAGAUGGAGCCGGCUGAGCUGGAGAGCGUCAUCCUGCAGCACAUAAUGGACUCCACUACUGCCUUCCAGAAAGCUGUUUUCAUGGGUCACUUGACUGAGGGAACAAAUAUGAUGGAUUACCUAAUGGAGCAAGCCAAUGUGGUACCUAGAAUGAAUCCAUUUAUUCUAAGUACAGAUCGGAAGUACCUGGACUUCACUUCUUCUCCAGUUGUCAGCGACUGGGAGGAUGCAACUAUGUUUUCAUUUCUGGACUCCAGAGACAAGACUGCUGUGAUUGCUAAUAGAAUGAAAUACCUGACUAACAAUGAUGAGGACGGGAUGAGCGCUGUGACCAUGUGGAUUGUCGGAGAUUUUCAGAAAGCCUCGGGAAGAAAAUUGUUGCUUGCUGCGGUUCAACAUUUGAGUACCAGCCCUGGAGUGCGUGUGGGUGUGAUGGAUAAUCCCAGCGGAAGGCCCAGCGAAGAUAACACGGCCGUGUACCGGGCUAUCUGGGCUUCGAUCCUCACCCAAAAGAAUAAAUCCGCAGUUGAGUUUGUGCAAAAACUUGCAAAGGAAGAAAGUUACCAGGUCCUCCUGCAGGGGACCAAGAUGAAGGACUUGCUGCUGCAGGGGAUGAACACAGAUGCCUUUGAGAAGAAGUUCAACACGCUAGAAGUAGAUUUCAUCCGCAGUCAACAGCUCUUCUGCCGCGAUGUCCUGAAACUGAGUCCUGGACAGAGAGCAGUCAUCAGCAAUGGCAGGAUCCUCGGGCCACUCGAUGAGCAAGAGGAAUUCACUGCAGAGGAUUUCCAAUUGCUGGACAAGAUUACUCGGAGCAGCUCUGCUGAGAAAGUCAAAGCCCAAGUUAAACUGAUGGGGAUGAAGCCAAAGCAUGGCAGCAACCUGGUCAUGAAAGUCGACGCCCUGUUGGCUGCAGCGCCCAAGGCAGAGAUCCGAAGGGAUGUGAAAUUUCUCAAAGAGAGCCACAGUGUGCUGCAGCUCUCACCCCGUGAAAACGAGGUGUACUUUGAUGUGGUAGCCAUUGUUGACCCACUAACCAGGGCAGCGCAGAAGAUGUCCCCCUUGCUGAUUGUGCUCAGUCAAGUGGUCAACUUAAGGCUGCGGUUGUUCAUGAAUUGCAGGGCCAAGUUGUCCGAGAUGCCCCUCAAGAGCUUUUACUCUUAUGUUUUGGAGUCUGAUGUCACCUUCUUGGCCAAUGACACGGUGUCUCCCGGUCCGAUGGCCCGCUUUACGGAGCUCGCCGAAACUCCACUUCUCACCCUUAAUAUGAUAACACCAGAAGGCUGGAUGGUGCAAGCCCUCCGCAGCCCCCAUGACUUGGAUAACAUCCACCUUCAGGAGGUGAGUGGGACGGUGACGGCAGAGUAUGAACUUGAGCAUCUCCUGCUCGAGGGCCACUGUUUCGACCUGUCGACCGGCCAGCCUCCUCGUGGACUGCAGUUUACCCUGGGCAUGAGUCGAGACCCUAUCAUGUAUGAUACCAUCGUCAUGGCUAACCUGGGGUAUUUCCAACUAAAAGCCAAUCCUGGUGCCUGGCUGCUCAAGCUGCGGAACGGACGAUCGGAGGACAUCUACCAGAUUCUGUCGCACGAUGGAACCGAUUCCCCAGCAGAUAACGGUGACGCUGUUGUGUUGCUGAACAGCUUCCAUAGCAAGAUCAUUAAAGUCCGGGUGCAGAAAAAGGCAGAGAAGAUGAAUGAAGAUCUUUUAAGUGAAACAAGUGAAAGCAAAGGCCUGUGGGACUCCAUUACAAGGAGAUCCUAUUCGUCACCAGGCUCCAGACUACAUUAUUAUACUGUAAGAGCUAGUCUUGCAAAAAAUAUGUGCUUCUGUAGCAUCGCAGGACGUGGCCCCAAGAAGGAUGAAGGCGAAAAGAAGGAAGACGUUCUAAACAUAUUUUCAGUCGCCUCCGGUCAUCUGUAUGAGCGCUUUCUGCGGAUCAUGAUGCUCUCCCUUCUUCGCCACACCAAAACGCCUGUCAAGUUCUGGUUUCUCAAAAAUUACCUCUCCCCUGCGUUCAAGGAGACCAUCUCCCACAUGGCGGAGUCCUACGGCUUCCAGUACGAACUCGUGCAAUACAAGUGGCCACGUUGGCUCCACCAGCAGACUGAGAAGCAGCGAAUCAUCUGGGGCUACAAGAUCCUCUUCCUGGACGUCCUCUUCCCCCUGGCUGUGGACAAGAUCAUCUUUGUGGAUGCCGACCAAAUAGUUCGGGCAGAUCUGAAGGAGUUGCGAGAUCUAGACCUGGAGGGAGCUCCCUAUGGCUACACACCUUUUUGUGACAGCCGGAAAGAAAUGGACGGCUAUCGCUUUUGGAAAAGCGGCUACUGGGCGUCACAUCUGGGCCAUAGGAAAUACCACAUCAGCGCGCUCUACGUGGUUGAUUUGAAGAAGUUCCGAAAGAUUGCGGCUGGCGACAGACUGCGAGGACAGUACCAAGCACUGAGCCAGGACCCAAAUAGUUUGUCAAACCUUGACCAGGACCUUCCCAACAACAUGAUCCACCAGGUGGCCAUCAAGUCUCUCCCACAGGAGUGGCUGUGGUGCGAGACCUGGUGUAACGACGCCUCCAAAGUGGCAGCCAAGACCAUCGACCUGUGCAAUAAUCCCAAAACCAAAGAGCCCAAAUUGACGGCGGCGGCAAGGAUUGUGCCCGAGUGGGUCGACUACGACAACGAAAUCAAGCAGCUGCUCAAGGGAGUUAGUCGGCGGGACGAUGCCUCGACUUCUAAAGGGACGCUGUUGCAACAAAAUGGAGGCCAAAAGCGUGAUGAACUUUAGCAAACGGUUCAAAUGAGGACACCUGAAGUCAGACGAUUGCAUGCACACACGGAAUGUUAUGUGGGAUAUUUGCCACGUGUGCUCCGGCAGUCACUUUGCACCAUCCACGCCUGACGUGUUCAAAUAACCAAGAGGGACAUCUCUCCUGGCACACUCGGAAAAAUGAAGGAGAGUAAAACGAAGGAGGUCAGGUUUGUGUUGACAUACAUUGGAGUGAAAUCGUGUCUUAUUAUUUCAUAUUAUAUUUAAAAAGUGUUUUUUACAGUGUUAGAAAAUGCUCACGGUAGCACAAGGUCCAUCUGUUCAUCAUCAGUUAAGCCGUCCAUUCAAUUGACCAUUGUAGCUUCACUAUGAAGACGCGGAAAAAUAGGAAAGUUAUGAGUCAUGUUUUAAAAUGUCUUUUUUUUGGCAUGAACAUGUAAAGAUUUUCACACAACGCAGCAGUCCAGAAAGACUGACUCUUUCAAGAGAGUUGUGAGGUCCAGUGGUGCCUUGAGUUGACUUUGUUCCAUGUUCCACGCUUGUAACCAACAAAUUUUGCUUCAAUUCAACUGACAUUGUGCUGUUCCUUCUGGUGUCUGCGUCAUGGGGGAACACUCUACAGAUAUACAGUACAUGGAAAUGGUCAUAGCUAAUCAGUAAGCCACAGUAUUAGUGACUCUUUACAGAGGAUAAAUAAUACAUGACUGGAAGUAUUUCAUCUAUACACACGUUGCUGCACUGUUUAUGUUCAAAUAUCCGUUGCUGAAAGAGUUGGAACACCACCACAUAGUUGCCAUUCACUAGCAGUCUAUGGCAUUUUCUAUUGUGUGUUAGCAUUAAGCUAGCUGACAUCCAAAGUAAUGCGGUUGUUUUAAAUACAUGUACAUCUCUUUGUUUUAUGUUUAGUUUGACAGUAAACUUCAACUGGGAGUGACAAUGAGAUGCUUAAAGCCUUUUUUUUUAAGAAUUGUUUACGGUCUGACAAAAUUCUGCUUGUUCUGAAGUGAAUUGAGUUCACUUCUGCGAUUUAGCAAUGUACUUUAAAAAAAGUAUCGUAUAAUGUUUGGACUUUUUACUGAACUUUGUAGUUGAUUUUUGGUGAAUUUGUGAAAUACUUUCAAAGUACUUUUUCAUAUUAUGUAAAUUAAAAAAUUGGAAAUAUACAUGUUUAAUCUUGGAAAA